GAUAGGUAACAAGUUACAGUUUUUUCCAUUUAAUAGUGGCAGCACAACUGUUUGACAUCUGACAAGUUAUCUCUAUGAUCGAUCUAAGCAAUAAUCAGAUUGUGUGAUAUAUAGUUUUGGUGCAUUGCAGAGUUUCAACAUUUAAGAAAAUGUAUGAAAGAACCGUAGCAAAGUGCCUGAUACGAUUAUUACUCAUCUACCGGGGCGGUUGUUCCGCUUUUUAGCCACUGAGCAGUCCUUGUGCAAAGGACGCAUUUACAAGUUUACAGCUUUUGAUAGAUACGCACUCGCUCACAACAAAGAAAAAUGCGGAAGCUGUAACCGGAAGUACAGUUUUGGAGGAAAAGUUAGCUGGCUGGUUAGCCAGACAGACAUCUCACAUUCCUUGGAAAAUAGACAGGGAAAGGGUGAUGGCAACAUCCAUUUAGGGUACAGAUAGACCUACCGUUAAAUAAUAAAUAGGAAGGGGCCGGUUGAGGACGAUAAACCGUGUCAUCGACGUAGAGAGAAGCGAGGAAGUAACGUUAGCCCUCUACAACCUCUGGCUAGCUACCAACUGUAGGGAGGCUGCUAGCCAGCAAAAAAAAAUAGACUGCCUGUUACGCGAAUGCAGUAACCCAAGACAGUAAAAAGACAACAUGGCUGACUCCAGCGGCAGUAAACCCUUCAUGGUGACUUCCUCCAUCAACCUCAAAGUCACCACCCCCUCCUUCUACAACCAGCCAAAGAAGUUUGCCUCGGUCAACCCGCCACGCCCCAAAAGCCAGUCCGACCCGUCGCCUCCCCCGGGCUCAACUCCUCCCGCAGGUCCCUCUCCUCCCCCCAGUUUGGUCUCCUCAACACGCGGUGUCGGCACAGCUGUCAUUGGUCGAGUUGGAGUGAUGCCUCCACCCCCACCAUCGCUAUGCGAAGACUUCCCGCCCCCUCCUCCUCCAAUGGAUGAUGAGCUGCCAGCCCCUCCCCCCAAUUGUGCAACCACACCUCCAGCCUCUGAUGCCCCUCCCCCUGCCUUCCCUCCCCCUCCCGCAGUGGAUGACCUGCCCCUCCCCCCGCCCCGCCUGAGGAGAAUGCCUGUCUCCCCCGUUCCCCGUCUCCCCUCCUCCACCACCCCCUCCCCCUCUCCCAGUCUCUGGUCCCAGCAGUGUCCCCAGUGCUGGGGAGAACUCUCAGCGUCUGGAAAAGCAGACUAGUUUUGACAAACAGCUGGGCUCUCUGACUGACCUGCUGUCUGAGAUGGAGACCAGAGGACCCUUCAACCCCAAGUUGCCCAGUCAGUACUCAGCUCCUCCUCCUCCUGCCCCCAAGCCUGCAGGUCCUCCCCCCACUGCUCCCAAGCCCAACCUCUCCUUCCUCCCCCCUCCAGAGAUGGGAGACAAGCCCCCUCCCGCUCCCUGGGCCGAGGAGCUCAAACUCCGGACGACACACCGACAAGCCAAUAACGCUACAUCUGCCCCAGCUCCUGCUCCUGCCCCACAGCCAUUUGCUAAGGCACCAGUCGGGGCUUCUAAGGCUCUUGGGGGCAUGAAAACGGGGACGUCCGUGCCUCCUGUGGGGCUGAAGAACCAGAACCACGCCCCGGCUCCAUUUGGUGUUGCUCCUAAACCUUCCCCUGUAGCCAGCUCCUUUCCUCCUCCUCCUGCCGCUCCUCCUGCCGCUCCUCCUGCCGCUCCUCCUGCCGCUCCUCCUGCCCCACCAGCCAACAAAGUGACUCCCCCAGCCUUCAAUCACUCAAAGCCCUCUUCCAUUGACUCUCAGAUGACUGUGAGCCCGCCCCCUCCUGCUCCCGUGCCCCCUCCUCAGCCCAAAUCGAUGACAUCACCACCCUCUUCUUAUAGCCAGCCAAUGAAAUCUCCCCCUUCAUCAAAGCCCUCGCCUCCUGGGCCUGUCUCUGUCCCAGGUGGAGGUGUUCCUCUCUCCAUGAGGGAGGUGGAGGAGCUGGAGAGAAUGACCAAUGCAUUCAUCAAAGACAUGGACACACACGCUCCCGUCAUCACCUCAGCACCUACAGAGGUAUGUGGUAAGUGUGGUGAGGCUCUGUCUCGUUCCCAGCCUGCAGUGAGAGCCAUGAACAAACUCUUCCACUCUGACUGUUUCUGCUGUAUGAGCUGCCAUCGCCCCCUGCAGGGCAUGCAGUUCUACGACAAGGACGGGACGCCACAGUGUGAUGACUGUUACACUAGUUCUCUGGCGGUGUGUUCUCGGUGUGGGGAGCGUAUUACAGACCGUGUGUUGAAGGCGGUGGGCCAGUGUUUCCAUGCCCAUUGUUUCCGCUGCUGCACCUGCGCCUGCAGCCUGGAGGGGGCGCCCUUCAUCACCGACGACAACAACAACCCAUACUGUGUCCCAGACUACCACAGGCGUUUCUCUCCCCUGUGUGUGAGCUGUAAUGAGCCCAUAGUUCCUGACGCCGGCAGUCAAGAGACCGUCAGAGUCGUGGCCCUCGAGAAGAACUUCCACCUCAAGUGCUACCGCUGUGAGGAUUGUUCCCGCCCCCUCUCCAUAGAGGCAGACGCAGACGGCUGCUACCCAUUGGAUGGCAGGAUCCUGUGCAUGAAGUGCCACACCCAACGUGCCAAGGCUAUGCAGUGAUUGGUGGACACAUCUGUUAUUCAAGUCGAACUUUGAACCAAAUCCAAGGCACAGGAUCCAUUCAGCUUCCACCGUUCUGUCUUUGCAACAGGGCUUUACUUGUGCGCUCUGUGUGUGUGUGUGUGAGAGUUCAUGAGUGAAAGGGAGUAUGUUUGCAUGCAGUUGUCGUUAUGUCUCUCUCCUCUUUCUGCUUAUUCCCUCUCAGUCCAGAGGUAAUGUACUGCACUGAGAUAGACUUCCUCCUCCUCUCCCCGCCUUCUCCCUUUGUAUUAAUGCCAGUCUUAUCAAGGCCAUUUUUUGUUUACGCUAAAAUUCCCAGCAUGUCUUGCACAAGUAUAGCUUAGUCAUGGGCUGUGUCCCAACAGUCAAAGGUGGCUUCCUCUCCUCUUCUCUCUCCACUGAUUGGAAAACAUGUUGAGAAGGUUUCAGCCAUACAACUUUGAUUUGUCUUUCACUUUUCAGUGGUACAGAAGGAAAAGAGUGGAAGUAUUUCAGUGUAUUUGAGACAUAGUAACAGUAGUUUAGUGUAACCCCCUGACCCCAGUGCACGAGGAGUUGAACAAAAGUUUAAGGUGGACUAAUUCAUGUUCCCCUGCACCUCCCAUAGGGCUGAGCUCUGGUGGGCUGGUGGCACCGGAAGUACUUUGGGAGUUGUAGUGCCUGCAAACAUACAAGUUGCUUAACUGCCUUUAGAGAGUGCUUUCUACAGAACUACAUAUCCCAUCAGACAUGAUGUAGCAGAGCAGUGUGCUGUGGGAAAUGUAGUUCCUCUUGGGCUAAAAACAGUGCAAAAAAACGAACAAAUAUGUGAAUGUCGCUCUUGUUUGUUUUUGUUGUUGUUCGUUUGUUGCUUUAUGGGCAUGCAUAGCUACAGAUCACUGUCAGUUACUCUCACCAUUUUAUCAAACACAGAUUGAGGGUACAAUACGAUCAAAAUUACCAUUUAUUUCUUUGUCAAAAGAAUAGAAGAUUUAAGAUCAUGAUUAGAGACACUACCUAGAACAAAGGUCAACAGUUAGCCAAGCACAGAUUCCAUUCCUAUGAUCUCCUCAUGUUAAAUAGAGUGCUGUAGUUUAAAGAGGACCACAUGGCUUAGAACAGAACAUACGCUACAGGCAGAAGUUGCUCUUAACCUCUAGGAUCAGAUUAUCCUACAUCAUCCCUCAUCUUAAUUUAAAGGGGAUGGAGGGAAAACAUCGGAUCCUGCAUCAGUAGUUAGGGGCUACUUCCAGGACCUACAGUACAGUAUAAUCUUAUCAUCCUCAAUGAAGCGCUCUUGAACGCCUUUUUAUGUAGUGUGCAGGCGAGUUAAGAUAUCUAAUGAGUAACAUAGAGAUAUUACCUCUCAUUAAUUCAAUUCACCUAAAGGUUAACUCAUGGAUUUUUGCACUAUACAUCUGCAUUUACAAAUGCUUAGUAUUGUGGGCAUUUGCAGCUCUCUGAAUAACAUAAUAAAUCUGAUUCUGAAUCAGGGUUUUAAGUAUUAUAAACAUGCGACAGAUCAAAUGGCCAGUCUGUUUUCCAGUAGAGUGUAGUAAGUCAUUGACUGUAGCAGUAGCAUGUAGAUCAAACCAAUACAGUUCAAGGUGAUGGUAACACGUCACUCAAACGCAUCACACUUUAAAUUCACUGCCUUUGUUUUUGUGGAAUUCACUUCAAGUUUUAAUCAUGUUUUUUGUGCUUAA